AACCAAGUUUUCUUACGUAAAGGGAGUCGUGUUUAAGACCAUCUCUCUCUCCCUCUCUAUUUUCUCUGCCUUUCUCCUGUGUCAUCAGUUUUGGGCUGAAUGCUGCAGGCUUUGCCUUGGAUUAGCAGGGCAGUUGUGAGGAUUCGGCGAGUUGGAGCUCAAAUCUUCCCAAUGGCUCAGAACUGCAAUACCUCAUCCACGGAGAAGGGUGGUGCUGUCACAGCAGCUAUUCUCAUCAUAGGUGAUGAGAUCCUGAAGGGCCACACUGUCGACACUAACAGUGCCUUCUUGUGCCGUGGACUCCGCAAGCUUGGCGUCACUGUUCAGCGUAUCACUGUAGUACCUGACAUCCAAGAAGUCAUCGCUAAAGAAGUGGCCCAGCUUUCUUCCUCCGUUACUCACCUCAUCACAUCCGGUGGUGUUGGCCCCACCCAUGAUGAUGUUACUUUUGAGAGUGUUGCCAUGGCAUUUGGCGAAUGCCUGCAUGCCCACCCGGAGCUGACAAAGCUGGUGGAGGAGUUCUUUGGGUCCGUCGAUCCCAACAGUACCACUAUGAAGCUUGCCAUGGUCCCCAUUUCUGCCAAACUCAAUUUUGGAUUUGACCCUCAGACUGGCCAGCGAAGUCGCUACCCUCUAGUCAGUGUCCGCAAUGUAUACAUGUUCCCCGGCAUCCCCUCUCUUCUGGAACGGUCCUUUAAUGGACUAACCGAUCUGUUUUCAGGUUCUGGUACCACCUUCCACACCCGUGAGGUAUUUGUAGAUGCAGAUGAGACCGAGAUAGCCCCGGUUCUGACAAAGCUCCAGGCAGGUUGGGGCAAGCGAGUCACUCUCGGCUCUUACCCAGACUGGCUGAGCAAUUAUCAUCGCGUCCGAUUGGUUCUGGACUCAGACAGUACAGAGGAGGUGGAACAGGCGCAAGCUCAGCUGAUAGAAGACCUAGCCAAAGGGAGUGUGGUACCUCUCAUCACUGACCCGGUGUCAAUCGCCACUGAAGAGGUGUACUCGCUCUCAAACAGCGGUUCGCUACUGGGGCAGAAAGUAGCAACCGCUUUGAGGACCAUUGAGAUGGCACUAGAACAGUAUUCAGCUAAUGAGAUCUGUGUGGGAUUCAAUGGUGGCAAGGACUGCACAGCUCUACUGCAUUUGUUUUAUGCUGCUCUAAAACGGCGGUAUCCAGAUAGUAAAGACAGAGUAAAAGCUUUGUAUAUUCGAGUCGUCUCUCCUUUUCCUGAAAUGGAGAGAUUCUUGCAGGAUACAAUCAAAAGAUAUGACCUGGAGCUGUUCUCAGUGGAGGGCAGUAUUCGACAGGCACUGAGUGAGGUGCAGGAGAGGAGGCCAGAGUUGCGGGCUGUUCUGAUGGGAACAAGGCGGACUGACCCUUACUCGCACACACUGACACCUCUCUGUCCCACAGACCCAGGCUGGCCUGAUUACAUGAGGGUUAACCCUCUACUGGACUGGACUUAUCAUGAUAUCUGGUCAUUCCUGAGAACUCUGUAUGUGCCUUACUGUAUUCUGUAUGACAAAGGAUACACUUCUUUGGGCAGUAUGGAUAAUACUUGCAGAAACCCUUCUCUUAAAGUGAUGGAUAGUAGAGGUGUGACCCGCUACAGACCUGCUUACCAGCUGGAAAAUGAGGAGGAAGAACGCAACUCAAGGGCGUGAUGUCAUCAGUGGCUUCUUAAAUGACUUUUUAUUUAUUUUUGUAAAAAUUGGUCACAAUGGAUGUUAGAAUUGUAAUUUGAGGACAUUUUGAAGAAGGAACAUAAUCUGAAAGAUCAAAGCAAACGGAGAUCAUGACUCAUGAAGAAGUCAGUAAUUUGUGUACGAGAGAGAGAAAGAAAGAAAUGUCACUGCUGUAGCAUUUAUAUUAAAAACAUUA